AACAAACCCGGCGGAUUCGAUCGCCUCCGCCCUCGCCCUCGCCUCGCCUCCGCCUCGCUCGCCACCCACCCCCGCACAUACAAGCGCGACGAGGAAGAAGGGGACGCCGACCUCCAAGAACCCACCCCAACCCCCCCGAGGGUGGGAGGAGGAGGAGGGAAUCGAGGCCGGAGGCGCCGGAUAUGGGGGGCAAUCCGGCGAUGCGGGCCGGAUUGGCGUUGGUGGUGGUGGUGGUGGCGGUGGUGGUGGGGGAUGUGGGCGCGGCGUUGCCGAGGUUCGCGGAGGCGCCGGAGUACAGGAACGGGGAGGGGUGCCCGGCGGCGGUGGCGGGGGCGGGGGUGUGCGACCCGGGGCUGGUCCACAUCGCGAUGACGCUCGACGCGCACUACCUGAGGGGGUCCAUGGCGGCCAUCUACUCGCUGCUCAAGCACGCGUCGUGCCCGGAGUCGAUAUUCUUCCACUUCCUGGCGGCGGCGGACGGCGGCGAGGGGUGCGGGGGUGGGGUCGGGGAGCUGAGGACCGCCGUGGCGGCGUCGUUCCCGUCGCUUCGGUUCGAGAUCUACCCGUUCCGCGCUGACGCGGUCACCGGGCUCAUCUCGGCGUCCGUGCGCGCCGCUCUCGAGGCGCCGCUCAACUACGCCAGGAACUACCUCGCCGACCUGCUCCCCAAGUGCGUCCCGCGGGCGAUAUACCUCGACUCCGACGUGCUCGCCGUCGACGACGUGAGGCGCCUCUGGGAGACGCGCCUGCCCGCCGCCGCCGUCGUGGCCGCGCCCGAGUACUGCCACGCCAACUUCUCCCGCUACUUCACCGAGACCUUCUGGUCCGACCCGCAGCUCGGCGACCGCGUCUUCGCCGGGCGACGCCGCGCGCCCUGCUACUUCAACACCGGCGUCAUGGUCAUCGACCUCCGGCGGUGGCGCGUCGGCAACUACCGUCGCCGCAUCGAGGUGUGGAUGGAGCUGCAGAAGGAGAAGCGAAUCUACGAGCUAGGGUCGCUGCCCCCGUUCUUGCUGGUGUUCGCCGGCGAGGUGGAGGCCGUCGACCACCGCUGGAACCAGCACGGAUUGGGCGGCGACAACGUCCUCGGCAGCUGCCGCCCUCUCCACAAGGGCCCUGUCAGCCUCAUGCACUGGUCCGGGAAGGGCAAGCCAUGGGACCGGCUCGACGCCGGCAAGCCUUGCCCGCUCGACCACACUUGGAAAUCAUACGACCUCUACAUUGCAGAGGGUGAUUCAUCUUCAGCAUCAGCACCGUUCGCAUUGUCAUCAUCGGCAUUGCCUGCGGCGGCAUUUUCUUGGUAGACAGCUAAUGAGUAUACACAAUAAUUCUUUCAUUGAGGUUGCCUUGUGGAGCUGUGUGUGGUGAUGGAAUUGCUUUGCAAUUCAUUGCCACAGCCAUCACAGCUGCCACCACAAGCCAGCUGCCGCCUUCGGCUGUACAGGACAGUGAAGGGGAGGGGCGGCACACUGCGGUGGCGCACAAAGGGAAGAUGGAGAAUAGAGGAAGCAAAUUCUUGUUCAUUUGUGGUACAAUUCAGAUUGAUUCGUUAGGCUUCGGUUUGGAGGUGGCUGACUUUGGGGGGAUGGAAUUACUUGAUUGGUGGUGUACAAUUCUUGGAUAGGAUAAAGGUUUCAUUUUUUUGUCUAUUAGUUCAGAAUCCACAUGUUUGUUCGCUGAACUCGCAUAAUAUUGAUUGAAUUGAUUUGAAUCAAAAUGAGUUGAUCCCA